UCGAUUUAUAUAAAAUCUGAGAUAAGUGUAUAGGAACCUUAAUCAAAAUUUUAAAUAAAAAAAGCAAUGAUCUGUGGUUAAAAAUAAAUGUGCUGACAAUACAAAGGCGCUAUCAUUAGCAUAUGUUGUUCGUUAUACAAUCAUAAACAUAUAAAAAUUGAAUCAAAAUGAUACGUCAUCAAUGGUGGUGAGAGAACUCCUGGUUUUGGGUGGAGUUUGUUUAUAUCCCUCAGAAUCCGCAUUGUAAAACAAUACUAAAAAUCCUCGGAAAUAAGAGUGAUUCAUUCAUUAAAACUCACGCCGAUGAUGAAGAUCAACGAGAAGAACCUGUGCAUGUUUGCGACGACGCCCCCGGUGGAUCUCGAGGGAUGGCUCAACAAACGGGGCGAAAUCAACAAAAGUUGGCAGCGGCGGUGGUUCGUGCUGAAGGGCAAUCUGCUGUUCUAUUUCGAGCGCAAGGGCGACCGCGAACCACUGGGGAUGAUCAUCCUGGAAGGGUGUACAGUUGAAUUGGCGGAAGAAGGUGAACAGUACUGUUUCCAGAUUAUGUUCCACGGUGCGAACAACAGGACCUACUAUCUCAGCACAGAAUCGCAAAGCAACAUGGAACAGUGGAUGAAAGCGUUGACCUGCGCCGGCUAUGACUACAUGAAGCUGAUGGUGGCCGAACUGCAGCGGCAGCUGGACGAAAUAGAAGGAUGCAAAGAGAAAACACCGGAGGUGACGCCCCUGCCGGCACCCAAAGCGCCCCCGCGGAGACAGAACCCAUUCAAUCGUCCGCCCCCCGUCGAGUAUGCAUCCAAUGCAGUUUGCGACCCAAGUGCAGCGCUACCGAUGGCAACAUCGCACUUCUCUCCACAAGUAACGAGAAAGGCGCCACCACCACCGGUUCAGCAACCUCCAUCGACGGAAUCGAUCGCCACUAGCACUAGUGCCACCAGCAACAGCUGGAAUCAAACCCAACCUAACAAUGGCACCAACGGCAGUGGAGGCGUGCUAAACGCGGUGGACUUGCUACCCAUCGUCGGAGAUGGGACCGGAACCGUAGAGGAAUAUACCUUCGAGCAAAUGCAUCGACAGCUCGGUGUACCGAUCCUGGCGGACCUGAAGGCACGGAAAAUGGCGAUGGAGAAGAGCGAGCAACCACUCAUCAUGUUCUAGGAGCGCGGUCAGAGCGUGUGAAAGUGCUUGGUUUGUCGUUUGAUUUUGUGUUAUUUCGCUUAGUCUAUUUGUAGCGAUGUUUUAUUUUUGUUUAUUUAAUUUAUGCGAUUAUGUGAUCAAUCUGUGAACAGUUAGGAAAACUAUUUUACAUGACUUAGACUAGUGCAUAGAAACUGCAGUCAAUUAUUGGGUUUCGAAUAGAACGGCAAAGUUUUGAACUUA